ACACUUAUUACACAGGUAAAUACAAGACAAAUCUUCCAUUCAUGAUAAGAAAAUCAUUGCCUUGUUUCCUCUCGUAAAUCAUCAUAUUUCUCAUCAAAAUUCAUCAUAAAUUUCCCAACCCAACUCACCGGAAAAUGGGUUUUAAUUCUUAAACAGCCAAAUGGGUGAGCAAAGUUCACCGGAAUUGUCAUCACUACCUGCCGGAAAAUCAAGACUCCGGCAAGCUAUUGAGCUUUCAUCAACAAUCAUUUCACUAUCUUAUUCUAUCAAAGUGUUUACCGUUAAAUGGCAGAUGAUAAGAAACAAGCUGCAAGACCUUCUCUCCGGCCUCAUCGAUAUUGAAAACCGUGAUUCCGGCAACACAUCUUCACUCUCCGGCGAGUAUAUUCAGGCAAUUAUAGACACACUUUGUGUAUGUAAUGAAUUUGGGAAUAAAUGCAUUGAGUUGAAGUUUAGUGGGAAGCUUCUAAUGCAAAGUGAUCUUUCUAUACUUGUCUCUCGAAUAGAUGAUCAUAUCAAAUGCUUAUCUGAGAUAUAUAUAGUUGGGCUUCUUAAUCAUAGUAAUGCUAUUGUUGUGCAAAAGCCAGGAGCUUUGGCUUCUCGAGAUGAUAUGAAGUUCUUUGUUAAUGAUUUAUUAUCAAGGCUUAAAAUUGGAGAUACCCAUAUGAAGAAACAAGCUUUAGUAGCUCUUAAUGAUGUGAUUCAAGAAGAUGACAAGUAUGUGAAGAUUUGUGUGGAGACUGAAGGGAUUGUCUCAAUUUUGGUGAAUUUUCUUGAUUCAGAAGUGAUUGAAAUUCAGGAAGAGGCUGCAAAAGGGGUGUGUUUGAUUUCUCAAGUUGAUGUUUAUAGAGGUGUUUUAGCUGGUGCAGGGAUAAUUGCACCUUUGAUUAGGGUUUUGGAGAGUGGGAGUGGGGCUGGGAAAGAAUGUGCUGCAAGGUGUUUGAUGAAGGUUACUGAGAAUUCGGAUAAUUCGUGGUCGGUUUCGGCUCAUGGUGGAGUGAGUGUGUUGAUGAAGAUUGUUAAGAGUGUUGAUGGUUGUUGUGGUGAAUUGGUUGGUUUGGCUUGUAGGGUGCUGAAAAAUCUUGCUGGUGUUGAAGAGAUAAAUAAGUUUAUGGUUGAAGAAGGCGCGAUUGUUGUUUUUCUUGGGUUGCUGAAGUCUAAAGAUGAAACUGUACUACUGAGUUCGAUGGAUUAUCUUGAAACUAUGGCAUCUACAGAUAAAAUGAAUCGGGAUUUGAUUCUUAAUGAAGGCGGGAUUUCUGUUCUAGUUCAUGUUUUGGACCCUAAGUUGUCAGUUUCAUCCAAGGCACGGGAAAUGGCCUUUAGAGGAAUAAAGACAUUAUGUUUAAAAUCAGAAAGUUCGUUAAACGUUGUGAUGAAUUCUGGAUUUAUGGAUCAUGUGCUUUAUUUUCUUCGUUAUGGGGAGGUUUCUAUACAAGAAUUGGCGUUAAAGGCAUCAUUUUGGCUAUGCAAAACCUCAGAAGAGGCACAAAAAGCCAUGGGUGAUGCAGGGUUUAUGCCAGAGCUUGUCAAGUUUCUUGAUGCAAAGUCUUAUGAGGUCUGCGAAAUGGCAGCGGAGACACUCUCUGUCAUGGUAUCAGUGCCCAGGAAUCGCAAGAGAUUCGUGCAAAACCCACAAAACGUUGGUCUGAUUGUGCAGUUACUUGAUCAAGACGAGCCCAAUUUAGGCGACAGCAAGUUGUUGCUCACGAUUCUAACAUUCCUAGUAAGCUCAAACACUGGAAGAAGAAGCAUUGUAAAUUCCGGGCACCUCAGAAACAUAGAAAAACUUGCAGCAGCAGAAGUAUCAGAUGCAAAGAAGAUAGUUAGGAGGUUAUCCUCAAAUAAAUUCACCAGCAUAUUUAGUGGAAUCUGGCAUUCUUGAAUGUAAUAUCAAUUUUCUCAGCCUUCACUCUUGUGUAUUUAGUAUGUCAUUAUUACAAAAACUCUUUUGUUAAUCAAGAUUAUGAGAAAAUGAUAUCUACUGAUAUAUAGUUAAA